CAUGCGCAUCACAGAUAGCGCAGAGCUGCAGUUGUUGUUGGUCACUGACGGAGGUGAGAAUUUUAACGGUUAAAGAUGACGACUUCUUGGAGUGAUCGGCUUCAGAAUUAUGCGGAUAUUCCAGCCAACAUGGACGGUUUAUCCAUGAAGAAGUACAGAAGAGAGGUGCAUCACAGCUUACCACAGGAACUGGCCCACUGUCAUCCUUCUAUGAGAGUUUUUGUCAAUAGAAGUUUGGCAAUGGAGAAGAUAAAAUGCUUUGGCUUUGAUAUGGACUACACUUUGGCAGUGUACAAGUCUCCGGAGUAUGAGUCUCUUGGCUUUGAUCUGACUGUGGAACGACUUGUUUCCAUUGGUUACCCCCAAGAGCUACUAAACUUUGUCUAUGACCCUGCUUUUCCCACAAGAGGCUUGGUGUUCGAUACAACGUAUGGAAACCUGCUGAAAGUAGAUGCAUAUGGAAACAUUCUUGUGUGCGCUCAUGGUUUCAACUUCUUGCGUGGUCCAGAGAUAAGAGAGCUGUACCCAAACAAGUUCAUUCAGCGUGGAGAUACAGAGCGAUUCUACAUCCUCAACACACUCUUUAACCUCCCAGAGACAUAUCUAUUUGCCUGCCUGGUGGACUUCUUCACUAGUUGCUCAAGAUACACCAGUUGUGAGAUGGGCUUUAAAGAUGGAGAUCUUUUCAUGUCUUUUAAGAGCAUGUUUCAGGAUGUCAGAGAUGCUGUGGAUUGGGUCCAUUUUAAGGGCUCACUAAAGGAGAAAACGGUUGAAAACCUAGAGAAAUAUGUGGUGAAAGAUGCUAAAUUACCAUUGCUUCUAAGCCGAAUGAAUGAAGUUGCCAAAGUGUUUCUUGUUACCAACAGUGACUACAAGUACACAGACAAAAUUAUGACAUACUUGUUUGAUUUUCCACAUGGUCCAAAAUUGGGUUCUCCUCAUCGACCCUGGCAGUCCUACUUUGAUCUUAUUCUGGUGGACGCCAGGAAGCCAAUGUUUUUUGGGGAGGGCACAGUCUUGAGACAAGUGGACACGACCACUGGGAGACUGAAGAUUGGGACAUAUACAGGUCCCUUGCAGCAUGGCAUAGUAUAUUCUGGUGGUUCAUCAGACAUAGUUUGUGAUCUGCUGGGAGCAAAAGGAAAGGACAUUCUGUACAUUGGUGACCACAUCUUUGGAGAUAUCCUGAAGUCUAAGAAGCGUCAGGGUUGGAGAACGUUCCUGGUGAUUCCUGAGCUGGCUCAGGAGCUUCACGUUUGGACUGACAAGAGCAGCCUGUUUGAGGAACUACAGAGUCUGGAUAUUUUCCUGGCAGAGCUCUACAAGCAUUUGGACAGCAGCAGCAAUGAGAGACCUGAUAUUAGCUCUCUUCAGAGGAGGAUCAAGAAAGUGACCCAUGACAUGGACAUGUGCUAUGGCAUGAUGGGAAGUCUGUUCCGCAGCGGCUCUCGCCAGACACUCUUUGCAUCUCAAGUGAUGCGUUACGCUGACCUGUAUGCGGCGUCCUUCAUCAAUCUCCUAUAUUACCCAUUUAGCUACCUGUUCAGAGCUGCGCACGUCCUGAUGCCUCACGAGUCUACUGUGGAGCACACUCAUGUGGACAUCAAUGACACAGAGUCCCCCAUGGCCACCCGCAACCGGCACGCCAUUGACUUUAGAGAGCACGAGUGCAAGAGACACCAGCUGACCCGCUCCAUCAGCGAAAUCAACCCUCCACACCUCUUCCCUCAGACGCCUCAGGAGAUCACACACUGCCACGAUGAGGAUGAUGACGAGGAGGAGGAGGAAGAAGAGGAAUAAGCACACGACUGCUGAUAUUACAUCUGAUAUGCAUCUACUGUAAACAAGUAUGAUCCCUGCAUUCACACACAGCCAUAUAUUUUGUAAAGCUGCAAAGAGAGGAUGUUUAUUUCUUGGGAAAUAUAUUUUAGAGUUCAAAGUUUGAUGAGAGGAUGAAGCUAAAAUGUUUAGCUUCCUAUUUUUGAAUGAGGUCCACUCAGAAACGACAACAGAUCUGUGAAUUAUUUGCAUGAUGUUGAGGAAACAUUACGAGUUACGAGGUACAUAGCUGACUUAAGUAAAUAGCAUGAAUACUUCUUUUUUGGCUCUGUGAUGUAUGUAGAUCGCUUUCAAACUCCAGAGAGGAGCAGUAUAGCAUGCUGGGAAAUGACACCAACAGUACAGCUUGCUUGUUAUCCGUUUGACUGCCUGUUCAAGCGAUGUAACAUCGCCAUCUACUUUUCAAAACUAGUAGUACGUAAAUUUCUGUCAUUAUUAUUAUUUUUUUUCUGAGGAAAAAUGCAACUUUUUAGGGUACUAGAAAAGGUUUGAGUGUCUUAUGCACUCGCCCUGAUCACUGUGUUAAUAUUAGACUGAGAAUCUAGAGCUUAGAUUUAUUGCCUACUAUUUUUAUAUCCACUGACCUACAGUUACUGCAGCUAGAUAUGUUUAAACACAUCCUUUUUGUUGUUGUUUAUAUUAGCAUAAUGGUUAAGUUUCUGGCAGAGGACUGUCAUUUAGGAAAAAAAAAGCUGGUCGAAAGAAUUGUGGGAACCAGUGGAUCGACAUCCAUUGAACACGCGGUUAUUAUGAAUAUUUGUAUCUCAUUUAUACAGUCCUGAUUCUGAAAUCUUUGUUUUUGGCUGACAUGGUGCUGUUUAGCAUCAGAAUCUUUUUUGAUGUUUUUGUUUUAAACUGAAGGGAAUUUAUGAUGGGUCUAUGUUGGUUUGAUAUACUGUACUGCUUCAUUUUAAACAGUAUUUGGACAGAACCCCUGGAUUAUUUCAAUCCGAGUCAUUUUGCCAAUGUAAUAUGUGGAUUUGUUUAUUCAACCAAGGACUGUUAUCGCUGUCCCUCUUUUAAAUUCACAGAUGCUGUUGAUUUAUUGAUUUUGUGUAAUGUAUUUUUAAAAAUCCUUUUCAAUGUUUAUUUAGGCUUUUCUAAGUCUGCUGUUGGAUAUGUGUGAUUCAUCUGUAUUUUUAUUGUUUUGAAAUCUCUGUAUUUUAGUUUGAGCCCUGUUUUAAAACCAUUUCCUUACUGUUUUUCAUGAAUGUGUUUGGAUUUAUUUGAGUGUUUGUAGAAUUUACAGCCACUGUCAUGACAGACUGUUGUGGGAGGAUCAGAUUAUACUGUAUUUUUAGUGUAGAAUUAAAUCAGUCUGCUUUCAAAUGUGUUGUCAUUAAAUGUUUUUGUUUGGCAUUGUUGAGUUGGUUUUCGGUGCUGUAGGUUGUUGCAUAUGAAGAGAAUAAAGUUUCUGUCAUGCAGC